AUGACCAACUCAAGCACCAACUCAUCCUACCCCCAGCUGGCUCUUCGCCCUGUGGGACAAAAAAUCCCCAACAUCUAUCGGGAGCGCAUCGCCCAGUUCACGGCUCCGGGUCAGUAUGAGGAGCACAACCUGUUGGGGAUGAUAAAUGAGGCGACUGCCAGCGGCGAACCCCACGUUAAGGUCUCAGUCUACGAUGUCCCUGACCUCUCUAGACCUAAGUUCGCCGUCGCGACCUCUCAGGAAUUUCGUCCAACGAAAGUGGGCGAGUCCUUUGGUCCCUCAUGGUCUACACACUGGUUCAAGCUGCAGCUCACCGUGCCUGUGGAUAUGUGUGCCAAAGAGCUUCUGGAACUCCACUGGGAUGCAAACAACGAGGGGCUCGUGUGGACUGAAGAUGGGAAACCGCUACAGGGAUUGACCGGUGGCGCGGAGAGAGUCGAGUGGAUUCUCCCUCCCUCGUUCCGGGACGGAAAGGAACAUACCAUCUAUAUUGAAAUGGCUUGCAACGGCAUGUUUGGCUGCGCCCCCGGCAAAGAUCCCAUCGUGGCGCCUGCCCCGGACAAGUUUUACCAGCUGACGAAAGCCGAGAUUGUCGCGGUCAAUGUCCAGGCGAGACAGCUGGCCGUCGAUAUGCUGAUCAUCGGGGACGCCGCGUGCCAGUUUCCAGACGAUUCCUGGGAGCAGCAUAAACUGCUAGUCACGGCCAACAGGAUCAUUGAGACCUUUCAAGUCGCCGAUCAGAACUCCAUUCUUGAAUGCAGGAAAAUCGCUCGGGAAUGUUUAGGCCCGAAGGUUGACUCCGCAAAGGUCUACUCCUCUAAUACGGAGACGCUGGUCUACGGUACUGGGCACUGCCACAUCGACUCAUGCUGGCUGUGGCCCUGGGCCGAGACGCGCAGAAAGGUGGCCCGGAGCUGGUCUAACCAGUGUAACCUGAUGGAGCAGUUUCCUGAGCUGCGGUUUACCUGCUCGCAGGCACAGCAGUACAAGUGGCUCCAACAGGACUAUCCAUACGUCUUUGCUCGCGUCAAGGAGAAGGUCAAACAAGGAAGUUUCCAACCGAUUGGCGGGAGCUGGGUGGAACACGACACUAAUAUGCCAAGUGGAGAGUCUCUGGUCCGGCAGUUCCUGUACGGACAGCGGUUUUUCCAAAGCCAUUUCGGCGAGCGCUGCAAGACCUUCUGGCUUCCAGAUACCUUUGGCUACUCCGCUCAGCUCCCCCAGCUCUGCCGUUUAGCAGGCAUGUCGCGCUUUCUCACACAUAAGCUGAGCUGGAACAACAUAAAUAAAUUCCCCCACACCACAUUUAACUGGGUCGCACUGGACGGAAGCCAAGUGAUCUGCCACAUGCCACCCUCAGAAACCUACACGUCCGAUGCGAGUCUGGCUGAUGUCCGGAGAAGCGUCACUCAGCACCGGUCCAUGGACGAGGAUCCCACCUCGAUCCUGAUCUUCGGGAAAGGCGAUGGUGGCGGCGGUCCAACAUGGCAACACCUGGAGAAGCUGCGCCGAUUGCGCGGCCUGAGCGACCAGGUCGGUAUGCUUCCGCGUGUCCACAUGGGGCAUUCCGUUGAUGACUUCUUCGAUCGCCUCGAGAAACGCAUGGAGAAUGGCCUGGAGCUCGUCACCUGGUUCGGGGAACUCUACUUCGAACUGCAUCGCGGAACCUACACGACGCAGGCGAAGAACAAGCGCAAUAACCGCCAGUGCGAAUUCUUACUUCGGGACUUGGAACUUCUCACGACGGUGGCGAGUUUGGAAGACUCGAACUACAAAUACCCAAAGCAGCAACUGGAUGAUAUGUGGGAAGGGGUCAUGCUAUGUCAGUUCCAUGACUGUUUACCAGGAACUUCUAUUGAGAUGUGCUACGAUGACUCGGACGAGGUAUAUGCCAUGGUAUUUUCGAAGGGCAAGAAGAUCCUGGACGAUGUCUAUCGAGUUCUUGGUCUUAGUGAGCUAUCUGCAACUUCAACUGGAAGUGUUGUUGCGCUCAAUACCCUACCGUGGGACCGGAGGGAAGUCAUUGAUUUACCAUCCGGAGCCUUUGGUGCUACGAGUGGCACCGGAGUUGUCACAGAAGUCUCACCAUUUACAGCAGUAUCAGAUGCCUCUGUAUCCAUCAUUCAGGUUGAGGAGGAUACAUUCGUUAUGGAGAACUCGCAGCUGCAGGUGCAGAUCCGCAAUGGAGUCAUUACAUCUCUGUACGAUCGUAGGAGCAACCGCGAGGCCAUCGCGAAUGGUGGUAAGGGGAACCAGUUUGUGAUCUUUGACGACAAGCCCCUAUACUGGCAGGCUUGGGAUGUGGAGGUCUUUCACCUUAACUCGCGCAAGGUGCUCUCGAAUCACUCGACCAGGAUCACCGAGAACAGUGCUCAUCGGGUCAGUCUGAUGACCGAGACCCAGAUUAGCAGCAACUCGUGGAUCAAGACCACCGUCAGUCUCUCUGCUGUGAUUGAGGACAGUCCUACUGCCGUGGUGGUUCAAUCAGAGAUCGAGUGGCAGGAGACGAUGAAGUUUUUGAAGGUGGAAUUCCCCGUGAAUGUUCGAAACACCGAGGCCUCUUUCGAAACUCAGUAUGGAAUUGUUAGACGUCCCACUCAUUACAACACAAGUUGGGACAUGGCCAAAUUCGAGGUCUGCUGCCACAAGUUCGCCGAUCUCUCCGAGAAUGGCUAUGGGAUUUCCAUUCUCAACGACAGCAAGUACGGCUUCGCGACAUGUGGGAAUAUGAUGAGAUUGUCUCUCCUCCGAGCCCCCAAGGCUCCAGACGCCCACGCAGACAUGGGUCGUCAUAAUAUUCGAUGGGCAAUCUUCCCCCACGACGGCGUGCUGAGCUCCAGCACGGUGCGCGCGGCAUUCGAAUUCAACAAUCCCCUUCGACUUGUCCGCGCCGCGCGGGGGUUUGAUUUUCCUGUUAAAUUGACUGGUGAUGCAUCGAUCGUGCUGGACGUUGUAAAGCGUGGUGAGGAUGACGAAGAUGUGAGCACGGGAGAAUUGCCGAAAAGGAACGGAAGGAGUGUCAUUGUUCGAGUGUAUGAAAGUCUCGGUGGGACCAGUCGGGGCAUUCUUGAGACCAAGCUGGACGUUAAGAAGGUGUAUUGCACUAAUUUGCUGGAGGAUGAUGGCGACGAAGUGCAGAUAAAAGAUGGGAAGGUUGCUAUCGAGCUAAGGCCCUUUGAGGUCGCAACUUGGAGGUUGCAAUUGUGA